UUUUUUUUGGAGCUCAGAAUAGGUCCAUUCACUUCCACAGCAUUGUUUUCUAGUCUUGCUCACUAAACUACCAGCCUACCUACACUCGCAUACAUCCCCCUUCUCUCUCUCCUUAGUCUCGAGUCGUUGCUCAUCUCUUUCAGACUUUUUUCUUUUCUUCUUUCUUGCGCUGACUGCAUUACUUGCCCAUCAUUCUCUCGCGAAUCACAAAACGUCUAAGCGACACAAUCUCUGACAUGACAGCCACCACUAAUCCGCGUGCACGCAAUUUCAACGUUGGCGAACAGUACGAGAUUCUGGAUGUCGUCGGUGAAGGUGCCUAUGGUAUCGUUUGUUCGGCCAUCUAUAAACCUACAGGGCAAAAGGUCGCCAUUAAAAAGAUUACACCUUUUGACCAUUCCAUGUUCUGCUUGCGCACACUGAGAGAGAUUAAGCUACUCAAGUAUUUCAACCAUGAAAACAUUAUUUCGAUUCUGGACAUUGUGAAGCCUCCAUCAUUGGAGGCCUUCCAAGAAGUGUACCUGAUCCAGGAGCUGAUGGAGACAGAUAUGCAUCGUGUGAUCAGGACCCAGGAUUUGAGCGACGACCAUUGUCAAUAUUUUAUCUAUCAGACCCUGCGUGCUCUCAAGUGCAUGCAUUCAGCCAACGUGUUGCACCGUGAUCUCAAACCGAGCAAUCUUCUAUUGAAUGCCAAUUGUGAUCUCAAGAUCUGCGAUUUUGGACUUGCCCGCUCUGCCAACUCGAAUGAUGAGCACAGCGGAUUCAUGACGGAAUAUGUAGCAACUCGUUGGUACAGAGCUCCGGAAAUCAUGUUGACUUUUAAGGAAUACACAAAGGCAAUUGAUGUCUGGUCAGUUGGUUGUAUCUUGGCCGAGAUGCUCAGUGGGAAGCCUCUAUUUCCUGGUCGUGACUAUCAUUCUCAGUUGAACUUGAUCUUGGACGUACUGGGUACACCUACGAUGGAGGAUUUCUACGGAAUCAAAUCCCGUCGAGCACGGGAUUAUAUUCGUACUUUAGCUUUUAAGAGGAGAAUCCCAUUUGCAAACAUGUUUCCUGAUGCUAACCCGCUGGCGUUGGACCUUUUGGAAAAAUUCCUGACAUUCAACCCUGCGAAACGGAUUACGGUCGAGGAAGCAUUGCGCCACCCUUAUCUUGAGCCUUACCAUGAUCCGGAGGACGAGCCAUCGAUGGAUCCUAUUCCAGAGAGCUUUUUUGAUUUUGACAAGCAUAAAGACAGUCUUUCCAAGGAACAUUUGAAGGAGCUUAUAUAUAGGGAGGUGACUGGGAUCAACUAAGUUGAUUGACAAGUUUAGUUGGAGCGAAGGAGAGAUGAGAAAAGUUAAAUAAAUAAAAAGUAAAAUAGCCAUAUG